CCCGUCAUUCUUCCUCUAGCCUUUUGCCCCCAACCGACGGCAAGCCCUGUCCCUCUCUCUCUUUCCCUGAUUCCCACUCAACUUUCUUUUCCCGAGAAAGAGAACAAGAAACUUUUCUCGAGAAAAUCGGCCAGAAAAUGGGCCGCCGGCCGUCCUGACAACCGAGCCCUAAUUCGCCGGCGCCGGAGGACGAUGAGGUCGACCCAUGAAGUGUUCUCGAAACCCCUCAUCCAAUCUCGAUCUCUAGCCGCCGAUGGAAGCGAAACCGAAUGCCGCCGCCGCCGCCGCCUCCUCCUCCGCCCGAGAGCCCAGGGAGACCGAUCCGCCCCCCCGGCCGAAGUUGAUCGAGUGGGAAGAUUUCGAGCCGGAGCUCGCCCGGCUCGUCAGCCUCUCCUGCGCCCUCGAAGGAGCUAAGGAGAAGAAGCAGGUCCUCCAUCGGAAGCUCGAGUCGCUUGUUCAGGUUAAAAAUGAGUCUUUGGGAAGAUUGAAUGAGCUCGAAGAAAUGCGGGAAAAAAUGGAAGGUAGAAAGCUUGUGAUGCAGAACCUGCAAUUGCGUACGAAGGUUGUUGUAGAAGACGCUAAGAGGAAAGAGGAAGAUCUUGCGGCUGAAGUUAGGUCAUUGUUAGUUUCAGGCACAGCUCUCUCGGUUGCCCGGAAACGACUGCAGGAAUCAAAUAGGAUACUUGGGCAAAGGGGUUAUGGCAAGCUCAAAAAUUUGCAAAAGAUGCUAAGAAUGAGGCAGCAGUACAUGGUAUCACAAGUUUCAGUGUUCUAUCCUGUUAAAAAUUUUGCUGGACAAUCACAAGAGCAAGAACUUGAAUCGUUUCCAAGUACUACUAAAUCAGUUUCAGGUAGCUCUGCUGGUUCUAAGCCUGUAAAUCUUGAAUCCUUGACGAUUCUCGGCCUGCAAUUGACCAUGCUUCCAUUUACAAAGAUGAGUUUCUUUAUGGAUAAAAAAGAGGUCCAGAGGUCUGCGACUGCUUUGGCAUAUGUGGGGCAUGCCGUUUCUCUCAUAGCUUCCUACUUAAAACUUCCUUUGCGUUACCCUUUGCGUUUAGGUGGAUCACAUUCCUAUAUAAUUGAUCAUGCCCCUUCUGUAGAAACAAUGCCAAUUGAUUCUUCAUCAAGUACUACCCUACCUUCAAACAUGAAACCCAUAGAGUUUCCACUAUUUUUAGAAGGUCAGGAUACGACAAGAGCAGCUUAUGCUGUAUUCCUCUUGAACAAGGAUCUAGAGCAGCUAUUGAAUUUCAUCGGUCUUAAGAGCUUAGGACCACGCUAUGUAUUAGCUAAUCUGAAGGAGCUUCUCAGGACUAUUUUGUCUGCAGAUUUCAUAGAUACAUGAUUACAUCUUGUCUAGGUUCUCUGUAAAUGGAUCAUGUGUGAUCGAGGUGCAUAUUUUUGCUUGCACGCCUCACCUUACUGCUUUUUCCCUUUUUUUCUUUUUCUUACAAUUGAUGAGCUACA